CGCGCGGGCCGCAGCCAAUGGGGACGCCGCGCGGGCCGGGUGCCGGGAGCCGCGGAAGGGCUGCGGCGUUCCCGCCAUGUCGGAACCGCGGUCGCAGGACGCUGCCUCGGACUUGGGGUCCGGGAGCCGCAGGAGGACGUGGGCCGAGCUGCUGGCUGGAAGGGUCAAGAGGCAACGGCAGGGGCUUGGAAGGGAACACAAGCUGCCGGAAUCAGCUGUGCGCCUCCUGAGACGCCAUCUAAAUUUGAACGACCUUUUGCUGGAGGUAGGAGGUUCAGCAUGUAAAACUCUGUGUCUCAAUCAGUGGAUGGAUCCUGAGGCCUCUGCUGAUCUUUCUAGUUCAUUCAUAGGCUCUGCUUUACGGGAUGAAGCCUCGAGACUCGGUGUCCCAGUAGCUGUGCUGUCCAGCCGGGCAGUGGCCUCCAGCUUUGUGCAGAUCUGUGCGUCCAGUGGCGAGCCCUCCCACAGGGUGCUGCUGAAUGCAGAGCAAAGGAAGAAAAUGUCUUCUUUAUUGGAGGUGGCUCAGUAUUUAUUAGCCCAUAGUAUGUUCUCUCGUUUCUCCUUCUGUCAAGAACUAUGGGAAGUACGGAGUUCUUUGUUGCUUGAAGCUGUGUGGCAUCUUCACGUACAAAACCUUGUGAGCCUCCAGGAGCUGUUGGAAAGUCAUGCUGACACGCAGGCCACGGUUGCGUGGCUCUUCAAGGACCUGUGCGUUCUGUGUGAGCAGAUGGAAGCGUCCACUCAGCACACUGACAUCGCCAGGGCUAUGCUUUCUGAUUUUGUGCAGUUGUUUGUUUUGAGAGGAUUUCAGAAAAACUCGGAUCUGAGAAGUGUGGAGCCUGCACAGAUGGCCCAGCUCGCCAUGGCCGUGCUUCAGAGGAUGCUGAUGUUCGCUCUCGAGGCUUUGGCCACCGGGCUGCAGGAUGAAUCCCCAGCGUACAGGGCAGUGAAGAGCUGGUUUGGCGUGUUCUGUGGAUGCACGUAUGGCGCAGCGGUUUCAGCAGAUGUGCCAAAGAGAUUUUUCAGUCAUACUCUGACUCAGGUGCUAACUCACAAGCCUGUGCUGAGAGUUUCUGAUGCUGUUCAAAUGCAGAGAGAUUGGAGCUUCGCGAAGACCCACCCUUUGCUAACCAGCCUGUACCGCAGGCUCUUCGCGGUACUGCGUCCAGAGGAGUUGCUUGGCCACUUACAAGAAGUUCUGGAGACACGCGAGGUGAACUGGCAGCACGUGCUCUCCUGUGUGUCUACACUGGUGAUCUGCUUACCUGAGGCGCAGCAGCUGGUUAAAGACUGGGUGGCCCAAUUGCUGGCCCGUGCGUUCGAGAGCUGCAACCUGGACAGCAUGGUCACCGCGUUCCUGGUGGUGCGUCAGGCUGCGCUGGAGGGCCCCUCUGUGUUCCCAUCCUACUCAGACUGGUUCCAGGCCUCCUUUGGGAGCACCAGGGGCUUCCACAGUGGCAGCAAGAAGACACUGGUCUUUCUCUUCAAGUUCCUGUCAGACCUCGUGCCCUUUGAGGCUCCCCGGUACAUGCAGGUGCACAUUCUCCACCCGCCGCUGGUGCCAAGCAAGUACCGCUCCCUCCUCAUGGACUAUGUCACGCUGGCCAAGACGCGCCUGGCUGACCUGAAGGUUUCUAUGGAAAACAUGGGCCUCUACGAGGAUCUGUCUUCAGCCAGGGACAUCACGGAGCCCCAUGGCCAAGCGCACCAGGAUGUGGAGAAGGCCAUUGCAGUGUUCGAACAUACGGGGAAGGUUCCUGUCGCCGUCAUGGAGGCCAGCAUCUUCAGGAGACCUUACUACGUGUCUCACUUUCUCCCUGCCCUGCUCACACCUCGAGUGCUUCCGAGAACCCCUGAUUCCAGAGUGGCCUUGAUAGAGUCCCUGAGGAGGGCAGAUAAAAUUCCCCCGUCUCUGUAUUCCACCUACUGCCAAGCCUGCUCCACUGCGGAAGAGAAGAAACCAGAACGUGCAGCCCCAGGGAUGAAGGCGGAAGCCGGGGGCUGUGCGGAAGAACCGCUGGGACCACUCGCCGCUGCCCUGAGAGAGCUCAGAGCCGCCAUGACAGACCCCUCUCAGUAUGACGUUCUUUCCGCUCACAUGGCAGUUGUCUCUGAACGGCUCAGCUCCACCCUGGGCCUGGGCGAGGAGGACGGCAGCUUGGAGGUAUCGCAGGUCCAGCUCAGCAUCAUGGCUCCACACCUGGAGCACCAGGAACAGGAGAUCGCGGACCUCCUGUUGACGUCUUUCUGUCAGAACCUGAUCGCAGCCUCCAGCUUCGCCCCACCAGACAGGCAGGGCCCCUGGGCUGCUCGCUUCAUGACAGCCAUGUGUGGACGCAGGCUCCUCCCUGUUGUGCUCACCCGGCUCUGCCAACUACUCCGUCACCAGGGCCCAAGCCUGAGUGCCUCCCACGUGCUGGGCCUGGCUGCCCUGGUCGUCCACCUGGGCGAGUCCAGGUCUGCGCUCCCAGAGGUGCACGUGGGUUUUCCUGCCCCUGCCAAGAGCCUCCCCAUCCCAGAGUUCUUCAGUAGCCUCCUGACGUUUGGAACCGCUGAGACCUCGCUCUUCUGCCUGAAAUUUUGUACAGCGGCGAUUUCUUACUUUUUGUGUAAGUCUUCUUCCCUGUCGCAAGAUAUUUUGUACAGCUGCUUAUCUCCAGCCCUCAUGAAAAAGUUCCAGUUCGUUACACUCAGACUGUUCUCAGAAGCCCGGGAACCGCCCUCUCAGGAGCACCCAGCCAGCCUUCCCUGGAGACUCCUGUGCCUGCCGACUGCCGACUGGCAGCGAGCCGCCCUGUGUCUGUGGAAACAGAGAACCUUCCAGGAACUGUUGAAGCAGAAAGAAUUUCACUUAACUUACAGAGACUGGUUACAGCUGGAACUGGAAAUUCAACCUGAAUUUGAUUCUCUUUCACAUACGGAAAGGUGGGACUUCCACCAGUGGGCGAUCCAUGAGCACUUCCUCCCCAAGCCCUCUGCUGCAGGGGGCUGCGAUGGGCACCUGCAGACAGCGUGCACGGUUCUCGUCGACGUGCUGAUAGACUUCUGCCAAAGUUCGAGGAGUUACAACUGCUCAGAGAAUUCUGAUUUGGUUCUCGGUAGCUGCACAGGAAAUCGGGAUAUUUUUUCCAGAUUGCAGGAGAUGGCUGCUGACCUGGAACAGGGCCCAGCAGCAUCCCAGAGUUGCUCUCCUCGGGAGCACUUCCUUUUCAGAGUGUUCCGCACACGGCUCCAGGCUCUGGCAAGCGGGUGGGAUGUGGCUGCCCGCCUUCAGAGACAGCGGGAGCUGCUUGUUUACAAAUGGAUCCUCCUCGGUCUGCCCCCGGCUGUUCUCGUCGGCAGCCCCCAGGCCAAGGAGCCAGCGGCCCCUGACUGCACGGAGUUCUUCCACUUGGUCAACUCUGAGCUGAGAAACUUCUGCUCCCACGGAGGUGCUCUGACCCAUGACAUCACCGUCCACUUCUUCAGGGGGCUCCUCAGCGCCUGUUCACAAAGCAGAAACCCCUCCCGGACCGCAGACCUGAUCCUGACCGCGUGCCAGACUGAGUGCCCCAUAGUCCUGACCUCUGCUCUGUUGUGGUGGCCACGCCUGGAGCCGGAACUUCGCAGCCGGUGGACGAGAUGCUUCCAGGGCCCACUGCCCCAAGAGCUGCAGAGGCUGUGGGAGGCCCAGCAGUUUGGCAGGAGCUGCCUCUCUCCUGACUUGGCGUCCCCCCCACCGGGCCCGGCCUGGGUCUCUGCUGCUUCACUCCACUUCGCAAUCCAGCAAGCCGGGGAAAACAACAUCAAGAGCCAGCUGGAGAAGCUGGACUGCCAAAGAGAGGAGCUGCUGGUUGUCCUGUUUUUCUUCUCCUUAAUGGGCCUGCUUUCAUCACAUCUCACCCCACACUUAAGACAUCAGGCUGUGGACUCCCUAAAGGCUUUGGACAUAUGUGCAGAGAUCCUGGGGUGUUUGGAGAAGAAGAAGGUAUCCUGGCUGGUACUCUUUCAGUUGACAGAGACAGAGGGUGGCCUGGGGCGUGUCCUCCUCCGCCUGGCCCCAGAUCCAUACAUCAGGCUGCUGCCGUUUGCCUUCUACAGCCUUCUCUCCUAUUUUGAUGAAGACGCCCUCAUGAGGGAAGAUGCCUUCCUGCGUGUUGCUGUCGACAUGUACCUAAAGCUGAUCUGUCUCUUCGUGGCUGGGGAGACAAGUGUGGUCUCGGCUCUAGCCGGCAGGAGCCAGGAGCUCCAGGGCCAGGGUGACCCCGUAGGCUUGAUAACAAAAGCUCGUCAUUUUCUGCUGCAAUCAAUACCUAGGUGCCCAAAAGAGAGCUUCUCGAACAUGGCAGAGCUGCUGGCUACCAGUGGACAGUGUGACCCGGAAGUGAGUGCCGCCCUCCGGAGCAGACAGCAGGCGCUGCCCGAUGCCGACCUCUACCAGGAGCCCCAUCUCUUCUGACUGGACCCUGCGCAGCUCCUUGAGCACUCCAAAUUGCUUAAAAAUGCCACCUGGCUGGGACUUCAUCAACUGUGUACAUUUGAAGCCUGUCUUCUUGAAGAGAAACUUAGAUCUAUUUAUUUGAGUAAAAAUUCUUCAAGGAAGCCACAUCAAUAAAGCUCCAUAGAUCACCACUGCCA